AUUUGGAUUGUUGGGACCAACUGUGACCAGGAAGCUCAUCUUGAUGGCGACGAAACGCAAGGGCGAAGAAGACGCGACGGACGAGCGUCAUGUGAUGCGCAUCAUGCCGCUUGGUGCAGGUAACGAAGUGGGCCGGUCGUGUAUCAUCCUCAAAUUCCAGGGCAAGACGAUCAUGCUGGACUGCGGCGUGCACCCGGGAUACUCUGGGCACGGGUCGUUGCCGUACUUUGACUCGGUGGAGGCAGAGGAGAUCGACUUGCUGUUGAUCACGCACUUCCACAUCGACCACGUCGCGGGACUGCCGCACUUCACGGAAAAGACGGGGUUCAAAGGGCGCAUCUUCAUGACACAUCCCACGAAAGCCGUGAUGCAAAUGAUGCUUCGGGAUUUCCUCCGCGUGUCCAACAUCAGCGUGGAGGACCAGAUCUACGACGACAAGGACCUCGAGCGAUGUGUUGCCAAGGUCGAAAUCAUCGACUUCCACCAGGAGAAGAUGAUCAACGGCAUCAAGUUUACGCCGUACAACGCCGGACACGUGCUGGGCGCGUGCAUGUUCCUCAUCGAGAUCGGCGGCGUCAAAGUACUCUACACAGGCGACUACUCCCUCGAGAACGACCGGCAUCUCAUGGCGGCCGAGAUUCCUGGCGUGAGUCCUGAUGUGCUGAUUGUCGAGUCCACUUACGGCGUCCAAGUGCACCAGAGCGUGGUGGAGCGAGAGGGGCGAUUCACAGGCCAGGUCGAGUCGGUGGUCCGUCGCGGAGGGCGGUGCCUCAUCCCCGUGUUUGCGCUUGGGCGGACGCAGGAGCUGCUGCUGAUUCUAGACGAACACUGGAAAGCUCACCCGGAUCUGCAGCACAUUCCCAUCUACUUUGCUUCCAAGCUGGCGGCCAAGGCGCUGCGCGUGUACCAGACGUACAUAAACAUGAUGAACGACCGCAUCCGCAAGCAGAUCGCCAUCUCGAAUCCGUUCCAGUUUGAGUACAUUUCCAACCUCAAGAGCCUCAAGGAUUUUGACGAUACAGGCCCAAGUGUUGUGAUGGCGUCGCCUGGUAUGCUUCAGAGCGGCGUGUCGCGGCAACUGUUUGAACGGUGGUGCUCGGAUAAGAAGAACGAAUGCCUCAUUCCAGGGUAUGUCGUGGAAGGAACGUUGGCCAAGAAGAUUCUGUCGCUGCCAAAGGAGAUUACGUCCAUGGACGGCCGGCUGUUGCCGAUGAAUUGCUCGGUCGAGUACAUUAGCUUUUCCGCACAUGCAGAUUUCGUGGGCACGUCUGGAUUUAUCGAAAAGGUAGCGCCGCCCCAUAUUGUGCUCGUCCAUGGGGAAAAGACAGAGAUGAUGCGUCUAAAAGCUGCUUUACACAAGAAAUUCCACAACCCCAAAGUGUACCAGCCCCAGGUGUACACACCAGCCAAUACGGUGGACGUGGUGCUCGAGUUUCGUGGUGAAAAAGUCGCCAAAGCGAUCGGCCGGAUGGCGACUGAUUUGGCAGGCCAUGCCAAGCUAAAGUCGACGGAAAAGACCAACAUGAGUGGGCUCCUGGUCGAGCACGACUUUCAUACGCACGUGAUGCACCCCCACGACCUGAGCGAAUACACGACCAACUUGCUCGUGGGCACGAUUGCGCAAAAGCAGCACGUGCCGUUCGUGCACCAACCAUUUGACGUGCUCGUGCUGCUGGUGCGCCAAAUGUACGCUGAUAUCAAGACCACCCACGACACGAUCAUCGUGGGUAACUGCGUGAUGGUAACCCACUGCCCCCCAGAGAAAGUCGUGAUCGAAUGGACGGCGGACCCCACUGCCGACAUGAUUGCCGACUCGAUCGUUGCCCUCACCAUGCACGCGCAAGCCAGUCCAGCCAGUUUCAAGAUUAGCAUGCACCCGACGGCAGCGUGUCGACAUGACCACUCAGUCAAGGCAGAGACGCCGCCAUUGAAGGAAGAGGCCGACCAUAUGCCCCUGGCGGCCGCGGCGGACGAGGCGGACGUGACGCGCGCCAUCGAAAGCCUCGCGGACGAAGGCGACGUCCAGGCUCUGCAUCUGAUUCUGGUCUAUCGAGUGCUCAAAGACCAAUAUGGGCGAGUGGAAUUGGACCAUGGGACGAAUGUGAUGACGAUUGAGACCCCCGGCGGCGUCAAGGCCCAAGUCCGGUACUUUGGGCCAAAACAAGAGCGGAUUUCGUGUGAAAACAGUGCAUUUCACGACAAGCUGCACGAUACCCUUGCGAAACUGGACCAGGCGCUGCAGCCGAUCGAACCCGCCGACUUGUAAAGUGCUGAACGACCGAUCAUGGAUUCAAGUAUUGUAGUUAAGGCAGCUAACUCCCAGCCAGAUGGGGAAAUGAAUAUAUAUAUAUAUAUAAUGAGUGAA